UUCUUAUUUUUUAUUUUGAGUUCUUUCUUUUGUUAUUCGAGUCGAAGAAGUAUGAGAAUUUUAGAACUACUCAAAAACGACCAAUCUUUUCAUUGGCAUAGCUUAUUUGUUUAUAUAGUUAAUUGUUUUUGUUACAGAAAAAUAGAUUAAUUCAUUAAAUUAAUUCCACUUUUUUUGAGGUUGAUAGUUUAUUUGUUGGGAAAGAGUGGAUCCUUCUCAUUUCAGGAUUAAUCAUCUUGAGUUCUCUGUUGAAAAUGGAAAUUCAAUAAUAAUAAUAAAUAAGUCUUAAGUAAACUAUUUUAUUCCUCUUUUUCGAACUAUGUUUCAUUCAUAUGAUAGAAUAUGGGUUUAAAUAAAUUGUAUCUUUGCAGAGUGUUCCCCGAUAAAUACUUAUUUCUUUUAUCCAAUUUUCUCCAUAGAUAGCAGGUUUGAAUUAGUAUACAAAAGCAAUGACUAUUCAUGAUUCCAUCCAUAUUGGAUCAAUUCUCGAUACCAUUUUGCAAUGAAAUUAGAGGAAUGUUAUGGUAAAACUUCGUUUAAAACGAUGUGGUAGAAAGCAACGUGCGACUUGAAGGACAUGAUCGAUUGUGGAUUUGCCUAUCCAUCAUUUUCCAUAGUAAUGAAAAUGCUCUUGGCUCGACAUAGUCUGUUCUAUUCGUCCCGAACCGAAUUUUCGCUGGGUUGUUUGUAAGUAAAGUAAAUAGUACACGAUGGAGCUCGAGAGGACAGAAUUUCUUUUUGAUCAAGGGAAAGAAUCUAGGGUUAGUGAAAACUAAUAAAUUAGGCCAACUUUGUCAGUCUAUCCUUAAUAUAGAAAUCAAAAGGUUAAAAUAAGAAAAAGUCUAAUUUUGGAAGAUUGGAAAAACUUUUUUGAUGAAAAGUCUAUCUGAAUCAAUUGUUCAUAUUUGAUUUCUAUAGAAGAGUGAAAUGCUUUAUCGAAGGAAAUAAGAAAAAAGAAAGGGUAUGUUGCUACUCUUUUGAAAGAAAAAAGAAUAGGAGUUCCCGAAGUAAUGUCUAAACCCAAGGAUUUCACAAAUCAAAGAUAAAGGAUUCCGGAACAAGUAAACACGAUUUUCAACCGUCUCAACAAUAGAAUUAGAUCUGAAUAAGGAAUAAAAGUCAAUUUGUUCGAGAUGAGAUAAAGAAAAGAGUUUAGAGACGACUCAAAAAAUUUCGAAGGGUUUUUCUUUUGAAGUUUGUCAGUAAAAAUUAGCCAACUUGAGUCAUGAGUAUAAAUGAAAUUUGUUUUUUCUUUUCUUUAAGGAAAUUAAUGCAAGUCAUAAUCGAAUUUCUAUCUAUUUGCAUUAUAGACAGAUUGCAUUAUAGACAGAAAUUCGAAUCAUUUUCUCGAGCCGUAUGAGGAGAAAACCUCCUAUACGUUUCUAGGGGGGGGUUGUUUAUCUACAUCUAUCCCAAUAAGCUAUCUAUCGAAUCGUUGCAAUUGAUGUUCGAUCUCGAAGAGAAGGAAGAGAUCUUCGAAAAGUAGGUUUUUAUGAUCCGAUAAAGAAUCAAACUUGUUUAAAUGUUCCAGCUAUUCUCUAUUUCCUUGAAAAGGGUGCUCAACCUACAAGAACAGUUUAUGAUAUUUUAAGGAAGGCAGAAUUCUUUAAAGAUAAAGAAAGAACUUUGAGUUAAUUGAAGAACUAAAUGAAUAAAAAAGUAGGAGAGGGUCCUUAGUACCCCUUAAUUAUUUAGACACAAUUUGCCUCUUUCUUAGUCCUAUUUUUUUUUUGCUGCAUUUAUGUCGUGCCAAUCCAACAAAAGUCCCUAUUUUAUUUCCUUUUUAUAUCUAAUUACAUUGUAUUUGCAUUGACAAAGGUCUAUUGAACAAAUAGAAUUUGUAGAUAGAUGGGUCUCUUUAUUGUCACUCCAUAUUAGGUAUUUCUGUCUACACUUCAUUCAAAUGAUAGGGUUGCCCCUCUUGCAUGUACUCUCAUACACAUACAAGAUUAUUUUACUUCUUUAAAUUGCCAAAAAAAUCACAAUUUUGCCAUUGUGAUUGGGGCUGCUUUUUUUUUUUACCCUUAGCCUUAGUGAAAUUUAACCGGAUCUGUUCAUUUUUGUAUUUGAGUGUUUUUAAUGGAUUAGAAAAUCUUUCUUUUGAUGUCUUGCUAAUUCAAUGUGGUAUAAUUUCAUCGAUUUUUAGAUUUUGAUCGUAUCUAAGAGAUCCUAUUUUAUCCGGGUUGCUAACUCAAUGGUAGAGUACUCGGCUUUUAAGUGCGGCUAUGAUCUUUUACACAUUUGGAUGAAGCAACAAAUUCGUCCAGACUCUUGGUAGAGUCUAGAAGACCACGACUGAUCCUCAAAGGUAAUGAAUGGAAAAAAUAGCAUGUCGUAAUAAAAUCAAUUUCUUUUUUUUUUUUUAAUAAAAAAAAUUCUGAUUUUCUGGGUCUAGUGAAUAAAUGGAUAGAGCCUGGCUCUAAUUCUGGUAAAAUAAAAAAAAAGCAACGAGCUUAACUUCUUAAUUGGUUAAUUGGAAGGAUUCCCCGAUCUAAUUAGACGUUAAAAAUAGAUUAGUGCCUAAUGUGGGGAAAGGUUAGGUUUUCCUAUGAAUGGACCCUUUACUUUUUUUUUUUAGAAAUCCUAAUUAUUCUUGAUUAUGGAUUGAAAAGAGAUGUUAUGAAUUGAAUGUGUAAAAGAAACAGUAUAUUGAUAAAGAGACUGUAUUCCAAAGUCAAAAGAGCGAUUGGCCUGCAAAAAUAAAAGAUUUGUUCUUGUUUGUUUUAUAAUUAGAACAAACAUAAACUAAUUAGAUAGAAAAGGAGUGGAAAAAGUUCUAUGGAUUAGACUCCCUUUCUUUCCUGGGUUUGUAUUAUGCAACACCUUGUUCUGACCAUAUUGCACUAUGUAUCAUCAUUUGAUAAACCGAGAAAUGCUUUUUUUCUCUAUUUCAAGUAGAAAUACAAAUGGAAAAAUUCGAAGGGUAUUCAGAAAAACAGAAAUCUCGUCAACACUACUUCGUCUACCCACUUCUCUUUCAGGAAUAUAUUUAUGCAUUUGCUCAUGAUUAUGGAUUAAAUGGUUCCGAACCCGUGGAAAUUUUUGGUUGUAAUAACAAGAAAUUUAGUUCACUACUUGUGAAACGUUUAAUUAUUCGAAUGUAUCAGCAGAAUUUUUUAAUUAAUUCGGUUAAUUAUCCUAACCAAGAUCGAUUGUUGGAUCACCGUAAUUAUUUUUAUUCUGAGUUUUAUUCUCAGAUUCUAUCUGAGGGGUUUGCGAUCGUUGUAGAAAUCCCACUCUCGCUAGGGCAACUAUCUUGUCCGGAAGAAAAAGAAAUACCAAAUUUUCAAAAUUUACAAUCUAUUCAUUCAAUAUUUCCCUUUUUAGAAGACAAAUUUUUGCAUUUACAUUAUCUAUCACAUAUAAAAAUACCCUAUCCUAUCCAUUUAGAAAUCCUGGUUCAACUCCUUGAAUACCGGAUUCAAGAUGUUCCCUCUUUGCAUUUAUUGCGAUUCUUUCUCCACUAUUAUUCGAAUUGGAAUAGUUUUAUUACUUCAAUGAAAUCCAUUUUUCUUUUGAAAAAAGAAAAUAAAAGACUAUUUCGAUUCCUAUAUAACUCUUAUGUAUCAGAAUAUGAAUUUUUCUUGUUGUUUCUUCAUAAACAAUCUUCUUGCUUACGAUUAACAUCUUCUGGAACCUUUCUGGAACGAAUCAUCUUUUCUGGGAAGAUGGAACAUUUUGGUGUAAUGUACCCGGGGUUUUUUCGGAAAACCAUAUGGUUCUUUAUGGAUCCUCUUAUGCAUUAUGUUCGAUAUCAAGGAAAGGCAAUUCUUGCAUCAAAAGGCACUCUUCUUUUGAAGAAGAAAUGGAAAUCUUACCUUGUCAAUUUCUCGCAAUAUUUUUUCUCUUUUUGGACUCAACCACAAAGGAUUCGUCUAAACCAAUUAACAAACUCUUGCUUCGAUUUUCUGGGGUACCUUUCAAGUGUACCAAUAAAUACUUUGUUAGUAAGGAAUCAAAUGCUGGAGAAUUCUUUUCUAAUAGAUACUCGAAUGAAAAAAUUCGAUACCACAGUCCUUGCAACUCCCCUUGUCGGAUCCUUAUCAAAAGCUCAAUUUUGUACUGGAUCGGGGCAUCCUAUUAGUAAACCCGUUUGGACUGAUUUAUCAGAUUGGGAUAUUCUUGAUCGUUUUGGUCGGAUAUGUAGAAAUAUUUUUCAUUAUCAUAGUGGAUCUUCGAAAAAACAGACUUUGUAUCGACUAAAAUAUAUACUUCGACUUUCAUGUGCUAGAACUUUAGCUCGUAAACAUAAAAGUACGGUACGAACUUUUAUGCAACGAUUGGGUUCGGUAUUUUUAGAAGAAUUUUUUACGGAAGAAGAGCAAGUUUUUUCUUUGAUGUUCACCAAAACAAUUCACUUUUCUUUCCAUGGAUCACACAGUGAGCGUAUUUGGUAUUUGGAUAUUAUCCGUAUCAAUGACCUGGUGAAUCCUCUUACUCUUAAUUAAUCAUUAGACAAAAUUAAUAAACUAGAAAAGAUCGAUAUCAAGAUAAAACUUGCACAUUUUCCAUUCUGAAAUGUUCCAUAGUAGGUGAAUCACUUUAACUAAUUAAAAAUUCUCAAAAUUAGUGGACUUCCUCUUCGGAAUAGAAAUUGGCUAUUUCCACAUAGGGAAAGUCGUGUGCAAUGAAAAAUGCAAGCACGAUUUGGGGAGGGGUUUUUUCUAUUGUAACAAGGAAGAAUUAUCUACUCCAUCCGACUAGUUCCGGGUUCGAGUCCCGGGCAACCCAUAUGGAAAAUAGAAAAGAGCAAUCUGAGUUUUUCAUUUUUACUAACUUAAUUUCCCAAAUUUUUGGAUUUGGUAAAUGAAGUUAUACGAAAAUCCAAUCGUUGGGGCUGGCUUGGUUGACAUUGGUAUAUAGACUAUGUUAUACUGUUAAAUAACAAGCCUUCUAUUAUCUAUUUUCUUUCUAGUUAAUACGUGUGCUUGGGAGUCCUUGCAAUUUGAAUAAACCAAGAUCUUACCAUGACUGCAAUUUUAGAGAGACGCGAAAGUACAAGCCUGUGGGGUCGCUUCUGCAACUGGAUAACUAGCACCGAAAACCGUCUUUACAUUGGAUGGUUCGGUGUUUUGAUGAUCCCUACCUUAUUGACCGCAACUUCCGUAUUUAUUAUCGCCUUCAUCGCUGCUCCUCCAGUAGAUAUUGAUGGUAUUCGUGAGCCUGUUUCUGGUUCUUUACUUUAUGGAAACAAUAUUAUCUCUGGUGCUAUUAUUCCUACUUCUGCGGCGAUCGGAUUGCAUUUUUACCCAAUUUGGGAAGCUGCAUCUGUUGAUGAAUGGUUAUACAAUGGCGGUCCUUAUGAGCUAAUUGUUCUACACUUCUUACUUGGUGUAGCUUGUUAUAUGGGUCGUGAGUGGGAACUUAGUUUCCGUCUGGGUAUGCGCCCUUGGAUUGCUGUUGCAUAUUCAGCUCCUGUUGCAGCUGCUACUGCUGUUUUCUUGAUUUACCCUAUUGGUCAAGGAAGUUUCUCUGAUGGUAUGCCUUUAGGAAUAUCUGGUACUUUCAACUUUAUGAUUGUAUUCCAGGCAGAGCACAACAUCCUUAUGCAUCCAUUUCACAUGUUAGGUGUAGCUGGUGUAUUCGGCGGUUCCCUAUUCAGUGCUAUGCAUGGUUCCUUGGUAACCUCUAGUUUGAUCAGGGAAACCACUGAAAAUGAGUCUGCUAAUGAGGGUUACAAAUUUGGUCAGGAAGAAGAGACUUAUAAUAUUGUGGCUGCUCACGGUUAUUUUGGUCGAUUAAUCUUCCAAUAUGCUAGUUUCAACAAUUCUCGUUCUUUACACUUCUUCUUGGCUGCUUGGCCUGUAGUAGGGAUCUGGUUCACUGCUUUAGGUAUUAGUACUAUGGCAUUCAACCUAAAUGGUUUCAAUUUCAACCAAUCUGUAGUUGAUAGCCAAGGUCGCGUUAUUAAUACUUGGGCUGAUAUCAUCAACCGUGCUAAUCUUGGUAUGGAGGUAAUGCACGAACGUAAUGCUCACAACUUCCCUCUAGACCUAGCUGCUCUUGAAGUUCCUUACCUUAAUGGAUAAGGUUUUUCUCCUAAACAUAUAGGAAUUUUUGAAGGAAGGAAAGCCGGAAAUACCCAAUAUCUUGUUCCAACAGGAUAUUGGGUAUUUCUUUGUUUAUUCUGAAUCUUUCUAUUCUGAAUUCAAUUAACGACGAGAUUUAGUAUCCUUUCUUGUACUUUCAUAACUCGUGAAAUGCCGAGUAGGCACGAAUUCCCCCAAUUUGCGACCUACCAUAGGAUUUGUUAUGUAAAUAGGUAUAUGUUCUUUUCCAUUAUGAAUCGCGAUUGUAUGGCCAACCAUUGCGGGUAGAAUGCUAGAUGCCCGGGACCACGUUACUAUUAUUUCUUUCUCCUCCUUCAUAUUGACCUUUUCGAUUUUUGCCAAUAAAUGACGAGCUACAAAAGGAUUCGUUUUUUUUCGUGUCACAGCUGAUUACUCCUUUUUUUCAUUUUAAAGAGUGGCAUCCUAUGUCCACUAUCUCGAUCGAGGUAUGGAGGUCAGAAUAAAUAGAAUAAUAAUGAAUGGAAAAAAGAGAAAAUCCUUUAGCUGGAUAAGGGGCGGAUGUAGCCAAGUGGAUCAAGGCAGUGGAUUGUGAAUCCACCAUGCGCGGGUUCAAUUCCCGUCGUUCGCCCAUCGCAUUAUUGCAAAUUCCAAAAAUGCAAUUUUCCAUAUUCCUAGUUACGUAUUUACUUACGGCGACGAAGAAUAAAACUAUCACUAUAUUUUUUCCUUUUCCUAGUUCUUCUUCCAAGCGCAGGAUAACCCCAAGGGGUUGUGGGUUUUUUUCUACCAAUGGGGGCUUUCCCUUCACCACCCCCAUGGGGGUGGUCCACAGGGUUCAUAACUACCCCUCUUACUACGGGGCGUUUACCUAGCCAACACUUAGAUCCGGCUCUACCCAAACUUUUUUGGUUCACCCCAACAUUACCCACUUGUCCGACUGUUGCUAAGCAGUUUUGGGAUACCAAACGGACCUCCCCAGAUGGUAAUCUUAAAGUGGCCAAUUUACCCUCUUUUGCAAUCAGUUUCGCUACAGCACCUGCUGCUCUAGCUAAUUGCCCACCCCUUCCACGUGUGAUUUCUAUGUUAUGUAUGGCCGUGCCUAAGGGCAUAUCGGUUGAAGUAGAUUCUUCUUUUUUCUCAAAAAACCCCUUCCCAAACUGUACAAGCUUCUUCCAAAGCAUACGGCUUUCUAGAUGUAUAUGACGAUCUCUAGACAGAUGGAUCUUAUAUGAAUCGUAUGAUGAAGUACCACAUGAGUGGAUAUAUAGAAAAGGAAUCCAAAUCCGCCGAAUCGCUCAUGUUAUGAUCUUCUACAUCCUAGGUCUCCGCGUUCCGUCAUCUGGCUUAUGUUCUUCAUGUAGCAUUCAGAUCGAAUGACUCUAUGAAAUUACGUCGAUACUUCCACAUAUUAUGGGUAACGUAGGAGACAUCCCUAUUUUCACCCGGGGGUCUUAAUUACCACUGCUUAACUUUCAAUUCGCCUCUGACCAUCAAAUUAAAUGUGAAUAACCCGUCCUCCUCUCUUUGAAACAAGGGGCGCUUCCGGUUCUGUGCGUGCUUCAAACAAUUUUGUCUUCUCCAUAUUACCAUAUCUCUAGAGUCAAUAAUUUUCUAUGAGGAACUACUGAACUCAAUCACUUGCUGCCGUUACUCAACAGUUUUCUGUUGAGGUCUAUCCCGUAGAGGUAGUCAAAUUGGAUCAGUGAUCGAUUUCUAGGUUUCGUCGUAAACCUAAUUGGUUACUUCCAAUUACGUAAAUCAAUAGUUCAAACCGCACUCAAAGGUAGGGCAUUUCCCAUUGAUAUAGGAACUUUUGUACCAGAAACAAUAGUAUCUCCAAUUAUAGCCCCUCUGGGAUGUAAAAUAUAUCUCUUCUCACCAUCCCCAUAGUGUAUGAGACAAAUGUAUGCAUUUCGAUUAGGGUCGUAUUCUAUGGUUAUGAUUCUACCAGAUAUGUCUUUUUGAUUCCGUCGAAAAUCGAUUUUACGGUAUAGGCGCUUAUGACCUCCCCCUCUAUGCCUUGCGGUAAUGAUUCCUCUGGCAUUACGACCUUUACCACAACGGUGCCGUCCAUGGAUCAAUUUAUUUCGUGGAUUGGAUUUCACUUGCCUGUCUACGGUUCCCUUGCGUGUGCUCGGGAUAGGUGUUUUGUAUAAAUGUUUCGCCGUAUUAUUAAGUAUUCUCCUUUAGUUCGUUUCUCUAUCUAGAAGUGGAAUAGAAUAACCCGGUUGAAGGGUAAUGAUCAUACGUCUGUAAUGCAUUGUAUGUCCCAGAAUAGGUCCCAUUCUUCUACCCUUUCCGGGUAGUCGAUGGCUAUUCACAGCUACUACCUUAACACCAAAGAAGAGUUCGACCCAAUGCUUUAUUUCUGUCUUAGUGAAUCCCGAUUCGACAUUAAAAGUAUAUUGAUUCUUUCCCAAUAAACGAAGACUCUUUUCUGUAAAUACUGCGUAUUUGAUUCCAUCCAUAAAUCGACUUUCCCCCCUAUGCUCUGAGUUCCAGUAUCGAUAAGAAUUCGAGUUCUUAUUGUUCUUAUGUUAUGGUAUGAAUAUACCAUACCAAUUCGUUAUGUAUGGAUGAUGGAUGAGAUUCCAUGGAUAGAGAGCCAAUUCCAAUAGACCGUUCCCGUUCGCGUGCAUCCAGCAGGAAUUGAACCCGCAAAUUUACCAAUUAUGAGUUGGGCGCUUUAACCAUUCAGCCAUGGAUGCUUAACAGGGAUCAUCGUACAUCGUAAAUAACCAAUUUUCAUAUAGAAAGACAUAUCAUAGAAAAAUGAAAUCGAAAAUAUUCGGAGAUGGCAAAUAUUCGGAGAUGACUAUGAAAACACCUCUCCGGAUCCUCGAAUUGAAAGAGAGACUGAGAGGGAUCAAGAAUCCUAAUUCUCGCUAUUUGGAAUGGAUCCAAUUCUAUUGAGUCUGACCCAUAGUGAUCAUUUCUCUUUAGCAAAGAAUGACCUUGGUUAUCAAAGGAUUGAACAACCGAGAUCCAUUUACUUAUGAUACCUAGUUGACAUUGCUAACAAGGAUCUAAUGAAUUAUGAGUUUAAUAGAUUCUCUUUAGCAGAAAGACGUAUAUUCCUUGCUCAUUAUCAGACAAUCACUUAUUCCCAAACCUCGUGUGGGGCUAAUCGUUUUCAUUUACCAUCUCAUGGAAAACCCUUUUCGUUCCGCUUAGCCCUAUCGGGUAUUUUAGUGAUAGGUUCUAUAGGAACUGGACAAUCCUAUUUGGUCAAAUACCUAACGAAAAAUUCCUAUUUUCCUUUCAUUAAGGUACGAGGGCUUCUUAUUCCACAAGAACGAAAGCACCUUUUCAUUCUUUCAUAUACUAGGGGUUUUUACUUGGAAAAGACAAUGUUCCAUACUAAAGGAUUCGGGUCCAUAACCACGAGUUCCAGUGCACUAGAUCUUGUAGCACUUAGCAACGAGGCCCUAUCCAUUAGUAUUCCACAUAAGAAAUCCAUUAUAGAAACUAAUACAAUUAGAUUAGCUCUUCAUAGACAAACUUGGGGUUUGCGAGCCAAGAUAAGACCGGCUCGGGAUCAUGGGACCCUUUUCUAUCAGAUAGGAGGGGAUCUUGUACAAAAUAGACUUCUAAGUAAUAACCCCAUAGAUCCUAUAUCUAUCUAUAUAAAGAGGCAAUCGUGUCAGGAAGCGGCUUUUUCUUUGGCCAAACGGUACUUCGAACUUGGAACGAGCAUGAAGAGAUUAACGAGACUUCUUUCUCUUUUGAGUUUUUCUGGCGGACCGGUCGCGCAAGAUCUUUGGUCUUCCCCCGGAACCGAUGAAAAAGUGGGUCGCUUCUUAUGGACUCGCUCAGAAUGAUUCUUCUCUAUCUAUAGUUCAUGGCCUAUUAGAAGUAGAAGGUGCUCUGGUGCAAUCCUUACCGACAGAAAAAGAUUGCAGUCGGGUUGAUAAUAAUCGAGUGCCAUUACUUCGUCGGUCCGAACCAAGGAAUCCGUUAGAAAUGUUUUGAAAUGGAUAUUGUUCUCU